UUCUCUUGUUCAAGAAACUUGAAAGACGAUAAGCAGACGAAUAGAUCAGUCUCGGUCUCUCUCGUAAAAGUAAAACCCUGAUUUUGAUCUCGAAUUUGAAGUGCGAUCCGUUCUCAAAAAACGCUGCCGCUUCAAUUCCUUAUUGAAUUUAUUUACCCAAUACUGAAAUAUGGGCGACAGUCAGUAUUCAUUUUCUCUCACAACUUUCAGUCCUUCUGGGAAGCUUGUUCAGAUAGAACAUGCCCUAACGGCCGUUGGAUCCGGCCAAACAUCUUUAGGAAUUAAAGCUGCUAAUGGAGUUGUCAUUGCUACUGAGAAGAAACUGCCAUCUAUUUUGGUUGAUGAGACCUCAGUUCAGAAGAUUCAGACCUUAACUCCAAACAUUGGAGUCGUGUACAGUGGCAUGGGUCCAGAUUUUCGAGUUCUAGUUCGAAAAAGUAGGAAGCAGGCAGAGCAAUAUCACCGACUAUAUAAAGAGCCAAUCCCUGUUACUCAACUUGUUAGGGAAACCGCUGCUGUUAUGCAGGAGUUCACUCAAUCAGGUGGUGUUCGGCCAUUCGGAGUUUCACUGUUGGUUGCAGGGUUUGAUGACAAGGGUCCACAAUUAUAUCAGGUGGACCCUUCGGGAUCAUAUUUCUCUUGGAAAGCUUCAGCAAUGGGGAAAAAUGUUUCUAAUGCAAAGACAUUUCUUGAGAAGAGGUAUACAGAGGAUAUGGAGCUUGAUGAUGCUGUGCACACAGCAAUCUUGACCCUGAAGGAAGGGUUCGAAGGGCAAAUUUCUGGCAAAAACAUUGAGAUUGGCAUAAUUGGUGCUGACAAAAAAUUCAGAGUGCUUACGCCAGCUGAAAUUGAUGAUUACUUGGCUGAAGUUGAGUAGAUUGUGUCUUAUUCAUCAAAGAAAGCAUAACUACUGUUCUGUGAUCUUUCAAGGUUUAGAUAUUGAGAGAUUGAAUCCGGUAAACCAAAGUGCCGAGCAAGCACAAUUUUUCUUUUGCACUGAACACUAACUUUUCAAGUACACAUGAACGUUGAAACAUGCUUCCGACAUUGAUUUCAUAUUAUUAUCUGGUUGACUGCUUGUCCUUGGAUUCAGCACA